AUGCCCAAUAGGCCUAUUCAGCUUGACUCUAUACCAAUCGAGAGGGCUGCUCCUUUUCACCUAAAGUGUCUGGCCAGCACACUGCACUCCCCGGCAUGCAGUCUCAAGGCUUCCAAGGGGCACCCUUCUCUAUGUGUAGCCUAUAGUGGCCAGGAGCAACAGCCGAUCCUCACAGAGAAGGUCGCCGUACGAGGGAUGAUAGUAGGAGUUCGUAGGGGACCCAAACUGGUCGAGGUGUCCAUUGACGAUGGUAGCGGGGAGUUACUCAGUUGUGUUCUUUGGGAGUCCUCAGCCGAGGCUUGGAGGCAACUCCCUGACGAGGCCACGGAGCUCCUAUGUAGAGUUGUGGGGGUGAAGGGACAUUUGAGGACAUUUCGGAACAAACUGCAGAUCAGGAUCACCUCACUAGAGGGUAUAUACGACUAUCUGCCGGACCAAGAGGCUCAGUGGUGGCUUGAUGUGGUGGAGGAGUGGGACCUUGUCCAGACUAGAAUCUUCGGUAUGCUAUUGUGUGCACACGAGAUAAGGGAAUUCAGGCGAGCCUUCGAGGCUAACUAUACGCGAUACCACGUGCCUUUUGAUGAGAAUGGGACCUCGAUACGGCUAUCGGGGAAAUGUGUAUCGAAGUGUGUAGCCGCGAUGGCCAUUGAGGAGUUGGUCACUAGUGGGGAGCUCUCUCGGGAUGAGGACGGCACUCUGAAGGCCCACGACCUCCGCAGGGAGGCAUUGGAUAGUGUUCGCCAUUGGGUCGCCUCUGCUGAUGACACUCAGCCCCAGAAGGUCCCAUUUGGUGAAGUCGGUGGAGUGUUUUACCACUUCGAACAUGAUGAUCUCGUCCUGAGCCGAGACACCCCAACACCAGUGGACAACCUCAAGCGCCUCGACAGUGCCAUCCGGGCUAAAACGCUCACUCGAUCCUUCUUGGACAUUCGAACGCCCUUUGAGCUCACUAGAGUCACCAACGACGGCGAUGGUCUUCCCGAUGAGCCUACGGUGCAGGAGGCAUCUAAGGAGACCGCAAUCGAGACCUCCUCUGUUACUAGCAGCUCCUCUCAGUCUUCCUGGGGACUCGACGUGGACACCAGCAAUACAGUAACGGAGCUUUCUAUAAUGACCAGGUACCCAGAGUCGCCCAAGCUGGCAGCCGCGGGCAACCUUCAUGAACUAUUCCAGCACAUGUUCGAAGCCGUAGAUGAGGACAGCAUUGGCUCAUUAACCCACAGAGAGGUAGCCGAUAUACUGGAGGCUACUCUGGGUCCAAUGGAAGGGUUGAAACGGUGGGAUGUGAAGACCUUAUUGGCAGCAGCGGAGGAGGGUGAAGAUGGUAGAGUGUCUUACCAAGGCCUGGUCGACAACGUCACUACACUCGUGAGCAGCAUCAAGAAAAGAAGAGAGGAGAUAGCAGAGCGGGAAGGAUGCUCUACAGAUACUCUCGAGGAGGACGGGCCAGAGCUUGAUGAGAAUGACCAGUUGGCGAUGGGGACUUUCCGAGACAUGUUCGAACUGGUUGAGCAGUGUUUCGGUACUGAAAUAGAGACUACGGCUGCCCGGCUGCUGGACAUGUGCACAGAGUAUGUGACUGCGAAGAAUGCUUCGAUUGAAGAGAAAAACAAAAGUGAGAAGCCGGACCUAAGGAGGAAGGGGAAAGAAGCCACUGAGGAGAAGCCGCCACCUCAACAGCAGCAGCUCACUUUGAUGGUCCAUAGGAGUGAGCUCGGUGGUCUCCUGAGGAGUAGCGAGGGCCGGGAUAGGAUAUCACCACAGGAAGCGGUACUGUUGAUGCAAAUGAUCGACGAGGACGAAUCUGGUAUGAUGAAUUUGUCGAUUAUGAGGAAGCAUCCCACGAAGAAUGGCAACCAGGCAGCAGCCAGUCAGACCAACGUCGUGCAGAAACUCAUGCUUAAUGUACCAGAUGUUAUGAUAUCGGACUUGCACUGGAGGCUGCUGGUCAUACGAUCUGAGUGCCUACUAAAUGCCUCUGUCGAGAAGGACCCCGCUGCGAUCUAUCGGCAUCUCGUGGAUGUCCUCAAGGCUGGAGGGCCCACUUGGGAGAGGGCCAGUACGAAUGCUACGGGUGUUGAUCUACCACGUAGCGCCCCUCUAUGGCAACUACGAGGAGUGCUACUCUCUGCUAGGGCUCUAGCGUUGCCCAGGAUUGCCAUCAGGAUCCUCCUAAUGUCCCUCAAGACCAACCUUCAUGGGCUUGUGGAAAUCACAGACUUCCUUACCAACACGGUUUCCCUCGUCUCGUGGUUGUUCGAUACGGCCCCUGGGGGCGCCUUCUUUGUAGAAGCCGCUAAAGUGUCUCGUCUUCUCGAGGACGCCAAGGCUAAUGCUGAGGCUAAUGAGUUGAACAUGCUCAUGCAGUCAGCAGUGGCAGCUAAUGAGACUAAGGAUGACGAUGAGGAGCAACAAGGACCCCAAGGGGCGGUGGACAAGGACACUUGCGAGAAGCAAUUGGUCCAGUUGGUCACUUCUUACAUCUGGAAUGACCAUGGACGAGGCCCUGUCGAUGUAUGGCAUUUCCAGAGAGCUGUCAUGAGGCACACGGACAGUGCUGGAGGGCUCUCGAUAGCAGAGCUGAGGGGGAUGCUGGCGGAGGUCCCAUUCGACCUACAAACGAACAAAACGUUGAUACCACCAGUGGACCACAUCCGAGCCUGGGUACCACUCCACUAUCAGAUGAAGGAAACGGGCCUCUACUAUCAAGCUUUCCUACAGGGUAUGCACGCUCUCCAUACCCAGAUUAGUUUCCUCGUCUACCCGUAUUGGGAGCCUUUGACCAACUGUGUUGGAGAGACCCCAAGGGUCCGCAGUGGUCACACGGCGUGCAUCUACCGAUCGAGGUUCCUCUAUAUUUUCGGUGGCUUCGAUGGCCAGCAGUGCUUCGACGACCUCUACCAGCUGGACCUGCACAGCCUGGCCUGGUCCAAGAUCGAGGGCCAUGGCGACAAGCCCAGCGGACGGGCCUCCCACACUGCGGCCUCAGAUGAAUUGGCGGGGUCCAUGUUUGUCUUUGGUGGUAGCGGCUCCCACUUUGGGUACACCAACAAGUGUGACCUGUACGAGUUCGCCUAUGAUACGAGCACAUGGUCACUACUCUGCGAAGUUGGUAUAUCGACGGUCGCUUCCUCCCUGCGGCCCACCUCUGCCACCGAUGAAGGCCGUGUUAGUGUCCCUGUCAGGGAAGCUGCUGAAUCAGAGCCUCCACAAUGCAUGGUCCAGCAUAAGGAGCAGCUGUACAUAUGGGGAGGAACCCAUGGCACCAACUACCCGACCGACAUGCAUAGAUUUGACCUCAUAUCUAAACGGUGGUUCGGCGUGGCGAUGACAGGCGAGCAGCCAACUGGGAGGUACCGUCACCAAGCUCUGGUACGGAAUGACUGCAUGUAUGUCUUUGGGGGCUCGGGCACGGCGCGUUAUGGUGAUGUGUUCGAGUUCGAUCUAUGCACCAACACCUGGAAACGUCUGGUCUGCUCAGGGGCGGGCCACUUUCAACAGGGCAGAUACGCCCAUGCGGCUGUACUACAUGACUCGAAAGUGUUGGUCUAUGGUGGCAACGAUGGGCGAAGGACCAACGACCUCCUCAUCUUCGAUAUUGACACGCAGGAGUGGUCACAAGUGGACCAGAGCGGAGCCAUGUUACCUGUCCAUGCUCUGGCAGCCCCGCCCGGUCGGGACUUUCAUGCUGCCGUGACCACUGCCCGUCAGCCUGUCCUCUCGGCGUUGUCCGAUCGUGGUCCGGACAGUUGGUCCAGCCCUGGGAACAGCGUUGGUGAGGAACUCGAGGCCAUGGUCAUCUUUGGAGGCUCCUCCGGCCAUACAAGACACAACGAUGCCUCUCGGUUCGUCCUGUCUUCUGCCCCACCUGUGUGCACGUUGAGCUCGGACCUCGGGGACCGGUUCUUGAAGUGUCAGGCAGCUGUGGAUGGUGUUGGUCGUACCCUCAUUGGACUCUUCGAAGUGGCAGCUAGUAGCCAGCAGAAGCAUCCUGAGGGCCCGGUGUCCCCAACUAGCGCGGGCGAUUGCUAA